AUGAACCGUCACCCCUGCCCGCUUUGCGAAGAAGAUCUGGGCUUGCCAUGUUGCGGUGGGCUAACGUGCAGGCCCUGUCUGGAGCGGUGGAUUGCUGAGCGGAUUCAAGCUGGCAGCAGUCCCACCUGCCCUUUCUGCCGGGCAGAGCUUGUUCUUACAAGCAAUGUGCAUCGGCAAGCGCAGGGAGCUGAACAGGCCGUGCGCGAUUCAAGCUUGCGCGGCGGCUUCUUCUACAGCAACACAGCGGGCAUCAUCAGGAAGAUGUUUGUGGGUGCAUUCUUCGUUCUAGGAGUUGCAGGGAGUGUCGAGGCAGCACGAGAACACUUCAAGAAGCAAAGGCAGCGCGGAGAGGAUCUCAUGUCAGCUGCCAUAACAGCAGGGCUGCUGGUGGUGUUGUCCUCGGGCUUCACUUGCUUGGGCCAUGGGCUCGGAACUGUCGCAACCAUGGCUCCUGGCAUUGUGCAUCUCCUCGUGAACCAGGUCUGGGUUACUGCGCAGCUUGUCGUGAGGCGAGCCUGGAUGGAUGUCCGACACGCAUUCCACGUCCCCGCCACCUGGGGAGAGCUUGUUCUGACAAGCAAUGUGCAUCCGCAAGCGCAGGGAGCUGAACAGGCCCUGCGCGAUUCAAACUUGCGCGGCGGCUUUUUCUACAGCAACACAGCGGGCAUCAUCAGGAAGAUGUUUGUGGGUGCAUUCUUCGUUCUAGGCUGA